AUGUCAGACUUCGCUUACAAGGAAAAACCAGACACUUUGGUCUUAUUCGAUGUUGAUGGUACUUUAACGCCAGCUAGAUUAACUGUUUCUGAUGAAGUUAGAGACACUUUAGUAAAGCUAAGAAAGAAGGUUGUUAUUGGUUUCGUUGGUGGCUCAGAUUUAAGUAAACAAUUGGAACAAUUAGGUCCAAAUGUCCUAAGUGAAUUCGAUUACGCUUUCUCUGAAAAUGGGUUGACUGCUUAUAGAUUAGGUGAGCAAUUAGCUUCUCAAUCUUUCAUCAACUGGAUUGGUGAAGAAGAAUAUAAUAAAUUAGCUGUCUUCAUUCUGAGGUAUUUAUCUGAACUUGAUUUACCAAAGAGAAGAGGUACUUUCUUAGAAUUCAGAAACGGUAUGAUUAACGUUUCUCCAAUUGGUAGAAAUGCUUCCACUGAAGAACGUAAUGAAUUUGAAAGAUACGAUAAAGAACAUCAAAUUAGAGCCAAAUUCGUUAACGCUUUGAGAGAAAAAUUCGGCCAUUUAGGUUUAACUUUCUCCAUUGGUGGUCAAAUUUCAUUCGAUGUCUUCCCAACUGGUUGGGAUAAGACUUACUGUCUACAACACGUUGAAAAAGAUGGCUUUAAAGAAAUUCAUUUCUUCGGGGACAAAACUACUGAAGGUGGUAACGAUUAUGAAAUUUACGUUGAUGAUAGAACUGUUGGUCACUCCGUUAAGAACCCAUCUGAAACUGUUGCUGUCUUAAAGGAAUUAUUCGACUUAUAA